AUGAGUAGUAAUACCUCGUCGCAGUUCAUGGACAAGCAGAUAAUGGAUCUUGCGAAUUCUCAUAGUGGUAACAACAACAGUAGUAGGGACAUUGAUUUCAACAGUUUCAUGAAGAACCAGUUGGAAGAUCAUCUGAAGGAAAAUGGCAUCGUUCUGAGCUACGAUUUUAUGCCUAUUCGUCCUGCCGGAGGUUCAUCAUUGCGGCCGCCGACGACGGCGAAUAUUGAUUGCGGCAAUUUGGGUGGUUUGCCCAGGGAGUGGAACACUGCUGAUUCCAAAACUAAUUCCUCUUCCAUCAGAAAUUACAGUUCUCUCUAUGUCAAUGAACCUGCCAAAGUCAUUUUAGAGAAAGACCACGAAGUCAUCAAUGAGUCUUUGGUGUCUGAGAUUGAUAGAAUAAUGAUGAAGUAUGUUAAUCAUCUGAUGCAUGCUUUGGAUGGUGUCACUGCACGACUGUUGCAGUUGGAGACCAAGACUCGCAACCUUGAAAGUUUGAUGGAUGAUCUGAAGUUUUCUGUUGGGGACAAUCACAGAAGCACUGAUGGAAAAUUGAGACAGAUGGAGAAUAUUGUCAGAGAGGUGCAAACUGGUGUACACGUUAUUAUGGAUAAACAAGAAAUAGUGGAAGCUCAAUUGCAGAUGGGAAAACUGCUAGUUUCGAAGGUCGGGCAACAAGUGGAAACCGACAACACGUCAUGUGCAGUUCCGAUGCAGACUGGAAUUUUGACGUCUCAGAAUUCUCACCAGCAGUUUUCUACUGUUCCUUCUGUACAGCCACCUUCAAUCCUUGCUCUACCAAACGCUCCUCCUCUACUGAUUCCCCAGCAGGAUGGACAACCUCAGGUUCAGCUUCCAAACCAGUUCCCCCAAAACCAAGCUCCCUCCAUCGCUCAGAGGGAGUCUUACUUCCCACCACCUGGCCAAACUCCGGAAAACCUGAGUCAGCAGUACCAAGUACCUCCACUGCAUCAGCAACUGCCUUCCUCUCCAUCACUACAGCCACGGUACUCUCAGCCACCUCCACCUCAACCCCACCCUGUAUUAUCGGCUGUUAAUCCCUCUCAACCUCAGCCUGCAUUGGGUCAUCAUCAUGAAGAAACACAGUAUAUACCACCCCAAACUUACCAGCCAAGCACUCGUCCACCACUCUCUCAUCCCUCACAACAAUUUUAUGGGCCUCCUGACAACAUGUAUCAGCCUCCAUCUAGCAAACUGACUCCAGGAUAUCCUGGUUCUUAUGGCCCAUCAUCUGGGCCCCGGGAACUAUAUUCUUACAGCAUCUCACCUAUGAAAUUGCAGCAACUUUCUUCUCCUGGCCAGAACAGUGGAAGUGGUUAUCCCCAACUCCCUUGUGGCAGGAUAUUACCUCAUGUGCCACCUAUUGUCUCUGCGGUAGGUGGUGGUUCAGGAUCUGUUGGUACCGGAAACAGGGUUCCUAUUGAUGACGUGAUUGACAAAGUGGCAACUAUGGGAUUUUCACGAGAUCAAGUGAGGGCAACAGUUCGGAAGUUAACAGAGAAUGGACAGUCGGUUGAUUUGAAUGUGGUCUUAGACAAACUGAUGAACGAUGGGGAAGGCCAGCCUCCACGUGGUUGGUUUGGUCGGUGA